UGAGACUAAGCAGUUGAUUCAGCUGGGAACACCUUCCUUGGUCCCACCUCUCAAGUUGGCAUAUUUGCAAUACUAAGCUUUAGACGCCUGAAAUCAAGGGCGCCAUGUCGGCCUACGACCUAGCGGAGGCGGACUACCUCACCCGCCUGACGGUGCGCCGCCUCGCGGAGCUCAACGCCACACGCGCCAGGGUGGAGGCGCUUGAGGCGCGUGCGAGCCUGGCAGAGGAGUAUGAGAAUGAGCGGCGCAAGCUGGACCUGCUGCAGCGGCUGCAGGACAAGUACUCGGCGCUGAGCCCCAUCGUAGUCACGGACGCCAGCCUAGCCAUCGCCGACCUGCGGGAGCACCUGCAGGGCGUGUAUGAUGCGGACCUGCUGUCGGACCCCCAGCUGCGUGCGCUGACGAUGCUGCACGCGGUGGCCUUCUCCACUCGCACCCUGGACCGCUUCAGCGAGCCGGGGAGAUACGCGCUGGAGGGCAGCGCGGGCGUGCUGGAGCUGGGCGCCUCCACGCUGGCCAUGUUCAGCAGCCGCGCGGGCGGGGCGGUGGCGUUUGCGGAGGCGUUCGCGGUGCCUGUGCUGGUCAAGCUGCUCAGCCCUCUGUACGCGCCGGUGGUGGUGGUCAACAUCGCAAACGCCAUUGGCAACCUGGCGGACGACCUGGACAUCCGCCUGGCGCUGCGCAGUGGCGGCGGCAUCGGUGCGCUGGUGCGGCUGCUGCGGCCCGACUGCGAGGCGUCCGUGCAGGCGGCGGCGGCGGGCGCGCUGUCGCUGCUGGCGGCGCGCGACAUCGUGGUGCAGGACAGCGUGCGAUACCUGGGCGGUGUGGAUCUGCUGGUGGACCUGCUGGUGACGGCGGACGCCUACACCGCCGAGGCCGCCCGCUACUGCCUGCUCAGCCUGCGCCGCGGCAACACCAAGAACCAGGCCGAGACCAUUGCGGCCAUCCGCGCCAACUCCAACGUGGUGCGCAACGUGCGGCGGGUUGAUCCGGAGCUGCUGCGCUUCGAGGAGGGCACGCCGCGCGUCAAGUCCAGCUACGCGCCGCCGCCCAUGUCGCCUGCGGCGCUGGGCUACGGCUACGGCACGCCCACCAAGGCCCUGGCGCGGCCCACCACCGCCGACAGCUACCGGCGCAGCGCCGCCCUGGACAGCAUGACCGGCGCGCUGGCCCGCUCCGUGUCGCCCGGCCGCUACCGGUCGCCCCUGGCCGCCGCCAUCUCCGCCUCCGCCGCCGCCAGCCCCGCCGUCACCGCGCUGCGGGGCUCCCUGGACGCGGAGCUGGCCCGCGCCGCCAGCCCGCUGCGCAGCAGCCUGCGCGCCUCCACGUUGGCGGCGCGCUACAGCCCGCCGCCAGCCUCGGCGCUGGCGCUGGCGGAGCCGGAGUCGGCCCUGGGCGUGAUGCCCGAGGUGGACAGCGACCUGCUGAAGCGCAAGCACCUGAUCCGCUACACGGCCGAGGAGCUGGCCACGCUGCUGCAGGAAAUGGGCUUCGACAAGCUUGACCUGCGCUCGUUCAAGCUGAACGGUGUGGCCGGGGUGGACCUGCUGGACAUGAGCGAGGACGAGAUGGUGGUGCGCCUGCUGCUGCCGCGGCACAAGGUCCGCAAGCUGCGAGCGCUGCAGCGCGCUGUGGCGCUGUUCGACCGCAUCGCCACCCUACCGCGCCAGGGCCGGCUGAGCGAGGUGGAGCUGCGCCUGUUCCUGGCGGCGCAGGGCUGCGGCAGCGUCGAAGUGGAUAAGGUGGUGCGGCUGGUCCGCAGCCUGGUGCGCACCGACAAGCUGGACUUCGUGACGUUCUGGGACUUCGUGUGCGCCUACGACUGGAUCGCGCAGGCGUUCCGCAUCUACGCCAUUCCGGCCUGAGGAGAGGUGCGGUCGGUGGGAACGGACGGGUGGAGGGCACUGGUGACGAAACAGGUGGCUCUGGCGAGCAUGCUUGGUGACGUGGUGCCGAAUAUAACGUGGUGGACGCUGGUGGUACUGCAUGCUAGGGGUUCAGGUCGGUGCUUUCUCUCAGGUUCUCGUCACCAAGGAAGCCUAACGCCCAAACAUCUCAAGGCGCGCGGUGGGUGUCUCACUGCAUGUCCGGAUACCCAGAUUCAGCUCAGGUCGUACGGCUGCGAUGGAUAGAUCCGCAACAGAAUUCAGUUAGGAUGCUACACGUGUCCCACACCGUGUACAUGUGUACCGUAACGUGUUGUUUGCUGGAGACAUCUGGUUUAAUAUGGAGGCAUGCUUUCGUGCCAUAGCAACCCACAGCACACUUUGCUGCCCUGUAAUGAAAGGCUGCGAUGGGGCAUGGCAAGGAAGCAGAGUUGCACAGUACGUAGUACGUACCAUUCUUGAAUGGCAGUAUGUGGGAAACUACGCUGUGCCAGGAACAAGUUGGGACAUCCUUGGGCAUUCUACGAGAUGCUAAGCCGCGAUGUUUGACAUCAGCACACGCUUCCACACUGGUUAUAGCUAUUUGUCGCGCUUGAUGGCCUCGUCAUUAACAUGCCAUGCUGCGUGCGUAGCAGAAAGCGCGAAAACAGCUUGAGAAUGACUCGACAUCCCGUGCGCAACAUCCCAACAUCCCGACAUGUGGGUUUGGCAGCGCGUAUUACAGCAGCAUACUAGCCCUUGCGCCCCAGCGUAUUAUAUGCGUAAUUUGACGUAUCGUACUUGUAAGAUGCUGACUAUGUGCUACUAUGCGGAUCAUAAGCUGUGAGGGUAGUACGGUGCAAACCUGCAAGCAAGCAAGCGGCUGAACAAAUUGCCAUAGCCUAGGCUGCCUGUGCCCAGGUUGACGAUCAUGGAAAGACGUCGCACGCGCCGAAGGCUGCCCGCCCCCCCCCCUAUAUUACCGUAGUUACUAGGGUUUAGGCGAAGAACGUCCGAGCCAUGGAACGGAAUGUGAUGCGUUAUGCCCUUGGCUUCCAACCGUGUGUCGAGAGAGUUGUGAGAGAGUUGUGUCGAGAGAAGUCCGUAGACCUCUUGUUACACCGAGGCGGGGGCGAACUGCGCUGGCGGGAAUAAUGCUGUUGCACGCCGCCCUUAUAUGAAAGAGCGCGCGUUCCACAUGGCGGAGUAACUUAAGGGAUUCGAUAUGAUCCCCGCAUGUGUAGUGGAUGAAUGCAGAGCUGCUAUGCGCUUGGGGCAGCAUCGCGGCGCGCGCGCGUGCUGCAUCAUAGACAUGAACGGUGCUGAGAUCCCCGCGCCCCAGCUGCCCCAUCCGCGCCCAAGCCAGCAAGCCUGGUACCUCAAGCAGGCAUGGUAAUACAUACUUUGGCGAUGCACCGCAUCGAGGGCGCAGUAAGCGGCAGCAAUUGCAUCCUUGUUUACAGCUUUUGCACAUGGGUUGCACUCUUGCACUGUUGGAUGCUCCCGAUUUGAUCCCGAAGUCCGAUGUUAGUUGGCAAUUAAACCCCGCUAUCUACUGAGUGCAUUCGACAAACGACGGCUGGACGCGCCACUGCCAUAGCAUGCGCUCUAUUGCACACAUCCAUGUGAACAUGCUCAUGGCUGGCUCCUAGCAUUCGAUCACGCUUUGGGAACGUAUGGUUUUCCCACGCGCGCACAUUUCAAGGAGCCAGAGCUUGCCACACGUACGAUACCGUAUCAAAAUAUACCGUAUGCACACUUUGUAUCUUCGUCCGACUGCUACGUCCGACUGUAACGGCAACCUGAG